AUGGAAGUGCCCACCUCCUCCAAAGCACUUAAGCCUCCUGAUCUCAGUGAAGAGUCUUUGGACCCGAGGAUUAUGAUUUCCUUAUUUGAAAUUGGAUCACUUCCCCCAGUUUCUUGCAGUUCUCUCCCUUCCCUAAAAAGUAGUGACCAUGAAGCAAUUGAACAGCGAAUUGCAAAGAAGUUUGAAAGCCUCUUAAAAGAAAUUAAAGAUAUUGUUAAAGAUAUGACAAGGUAUGAACAGAAGGUCACAGAAACAAAAGAAUCUUUUAAGGAAACCAAUAUGUCUGAGGUGUCAGAACUUAGAGAAAAAAUCAUAGAACUUGAUGAAAUAAAUAAAGAACUAGUAAAAAAACUGCUUGCUACUUUGGACCUGGGGAAAAAAGAGAAUGCAAAGAAACAGGAGAUGAGGUUGGACAACCAGAACUCUGAGGACACAGUGCAAGACUGUUCAAGGGACUGGGUAAAUUGUUCAAAAAGACAAAAAGCCCUUUCUGAAACUCAGCUAAGUAAGGAAAAAACAAAGCAUGGAUUCCCUCACAUUCAAGAAGAAAAUAUCAGACUGAGGAACAACAUGGAGCAGUUACUACAGGAAACAGAACACUGGAGUGUGGAACAUACUGAGCUUAGCAAACUAAUAAAAUCCUAUCAGAAAUCUCAGAAUGACAUCAAAACUCUUAAAAAUAAUGGCACCCAUUCCCCAAGUCAAACAAAUAAUGAGUCAGCUAAGCAAGAGCUGGAGGAACAAGUGAGGAGACUGAAACAAGACACAUAUUCAUUGCAUUUGAUUGCAACCUUGCUGGAGAAUGAAUGCCAAAUCUUAGAGCAGAGAGUAGAACUGCUUAAUGAACUCCAUUAUCUGAAGGAGGAACCUCUACAAGAGGAUGCAAUGCAAAUGCAAAUAAACCAUGAGCAGAACAACAAGGAACAGAAGCUACCAGAGGCAGAGAAGUUCAAAAUACAUGAGCAAAACAUGCCAGAAGUGGAAGGUACAUCUCACAAAAGAGAUCAGUUCUUUAGAAGCCUGGAUAUUUGCUAUAAUAAGAAAGCUCAUAAUAACCAGUUGAAUACCUGUAUUGCAAAAAGAGCUCUUGUGGUAAAGAGGCCAGCUAGCAGCUUAAGUUAA